ACGUUUGUUUAUUAUUUUUUCCAAGUUUCUGAAAUCUGAAAUGUGAAUUACAAAAUUAAUACAAAUUUUAAUGAACAAAGAUUUUAUUUUUGAUGGGUACGACCGUACGAGUACGGAAUACAUACGCUCGUUUUUCAUUUUAUUACCAGGGAUUGGGAUGAAAUGGAACGUUUGAAGCAACUUUGUUAUCCGUUUGCAUGCUAUGCGCACCGAACGCGAAGCUGUCAAGACAAGUGAGAAGCUGGACCUUCAUGUAGAGGCUUUUUAUUUGCGACGCCGAGUCGAACGUUGAGAGCGGCAAUAAUAUCAAAGUACGAAAGCACCAGCAGCGGCGGUUGUGUUGUCUUUGCUCAUGGAAUCUGGAAGCACAAAAUGAUGCGAUAGGAUUAUCAACCCAUAUCAAGCUGCCCAGUGUACGAUAUUAAGUCCGUUGGAGCUUGGAACGAAGACUUGACGCGGACUCAGAUGAUGUUAUUGAUACGGGCAUUCGUUUAUGGUAAUCACUCUCCGUCGGUGCAUGCAGCUUGUCCGAAUGUGCGUUUCAGCUGUUUGAUUCCAUAUGCCGCUUUUCGAGGGUCAAUAUGGGGCAUCCGGACUGGUGGCAUUAUGCGUGAAGAAAGCUAAAUAACUAUCCCGUGGCGCCCUGAAGUGUUCUCAAUACGGUGCUGCUACGUCAAUGUCGGCUAGUGUGGAUGCGGGAUUUUAUUAUCAGUCAAUGCAAAAUACAGCUGCCAUGUCGGGAAUUCCAAUAGGACAAUCUAUCCCAACUGGAUACGGAGGCGGAUUAGCGCCCCCUCCGUACAAGGAAGCAUUAGCCCGCAGUCCCAAGAGUCCACGGCACCUGACGGCCGUCGUUCGACCGGUGUAUGAUGAUCGGUCAGCCCGAGCCGUUACAGUGACUGGCGGUCGUUACAAGGUGGCCGAUGCGGAAAUCAUUGCUAAUCCAAUGGCAAGACGGUAUCAUCAUCAUCGCAGUGUCAGUAGUUUGGAUGUGUCAAUGGAAGAGGAUGACACCCCCAAGCCCACCUUGCUGAAGGAAUUCAGUGGAAGUGCUUCGUCAAUUGACUUUAGCAAAACAAUUGGUGGAAAUAUUAGGAUGAUUUUAGACCAGCUGAAACAUGGAAAACCUAUUACCAGUAACAGCAGCUCAAAUUCCUUGGCUUCUUUACAAAAUUCCGACGGCAGUGGUUCCGGGAUACUAUGUGCGUCAAAACGUGCAAAAAACGGGAAAGAUAAGCCAAAGAAAAGCUCCAUCCGAUCACGUUCAUCCAUUUUUCGUAAGAUGCGUGGUGGUUCACAGUCGGAAGUCAGCUCCGGAUUGAUCGAGCCUGAACCCGCAUCGACCACAUCCGUCAGCGAUGGGGAACGCAUCCGCCGCAGAAUCUUCGCCUAUUAUGACACGCAGAGUUUGUUUACGAAAUUCGGUCGAACGGAUGAAAUGCAGAUGGCCCUCUCACGGAAACUAGUCACGGGAGCAUCAGCGGCCCAUCUCACCACCCGUUGCGUCCUACCAUCUGCGGAGAACAGUUCGGACUCCCAUCCGGGUAUUGAAGCCGAUGAAGGGGAUGGAAAGUCCAAUGCGCUGGUGACCAGUUGUCCGUAUUUUCGUAACGAAGUCGCUGCGGAGAAUUCCUCACAGUCCGAGUCACCAGUGUCGACUUAUAGUGGGAUAACUAUCCGCAGACCUCCCGGAAGAAGAAUAUAUCCCACGGCGUUUCGGCCAUACUGCGGAUCGUUAGUUUUGGAAGAUGAUAAUCCCAGUGCGAAGAUUAAAUGUGUGCAGUUAUCACAGCCGCGAUUUGAGUUCAUUGAUAAUGGAGCCUUUUAUUAUCGAAAGUAUUUCCAUGGAGAAGAGCACUGGAAUUAUUUUGGUAUUGAUGAGACGUUUGGACCGGUUGCGGUGAGCUUGAAGAAAGAAAAGCCUUCUGGAGCAAACAGUCGCACACUGUAUCGGACAAUCGUGCGUACCAGCGAUCUGGCCGUACUGCGAGGAUCUGUACUGGAAAACAGCCUAGCACGAUUGAAUAAAGAUGGUGUGAAACCUAAGGAUGUUUUGGAAUGUGUGGCCCCAGAAAUUCAGACAUCCUCCCUUCGUUUGGGAACGGCUGAUCUGAAAACCGAAGAGCUGCUGCUGAAGCUGGAUGAGCAAACUGUUCCUAAGCAUUAUAAAGUUGGUAUCAUGUACUGCAAAGCUGGGCAGUGUACGGAAGAAGAAAUGUACAACAACGAGACUGCCGGACCUGCAUUUGACGAGUUUUUGGAUCUGCUUGGUCAGCGUAUACGAUUGAAAAGCUUUGAUAAAUACCGUGCACAACUGGAUAAUAAAUCUGAUUCAACGGGUUUAUAUUCGCUAUAUACGACCUUCCAAGACUAUGAAAUCAUGUUUCACGUAUCAACAAUGCUUCCGUUUACGCCCAGCAAUAAGCAACAGCUUCUUCGGAAACGACACAUUGGCAAUGAUAUUAUUACCAUUGUCUUCCAAGAACCUGGAGCGCUACCAUUCUCACCAAAGACUAUCCGUUCCAAUUUCCAGCACGUCUUUAUUGUGGUGCGGGUGGAAAAUCCGAAUACAGAAUAUACACGAUACAGGGUGUCUGUGUCGAGAUCGCGUGAUGUGCCGCAGUUCGGGCCGCCGCUACCGGCAUCUGGCGUCUUUGCUAAGGGAUCCGAGUUUGUGGAUUUUAUUUUAACCAAAGUGAUAAAUGCGGAAAAUGCUGCGCACAAAUCGGAUAAGUUUAUGGCGCUAGCCAUUCGCACACGGCAGGAAUACCUGAAAGAGUUGGCGAACAAUCACAGCACCCAUUCCGGUAUCGACAUGGGUCUCGGAAAAUUAUCCAUGUUUUCGUUGUCACAUAAGAAAAAGGACAAACCAAUAAUGAACUUUCUGCCCGACGCAACGUUGCGGGGUGCCUUGGCCUGGAGCGUACAGGCAAGAGAGUCAGAUCUGUCGGUACCGCUCAGUGCGCGGCUGACUUUAGGCAUUUCAGCCAAUUACGUUGUUUUGAUGGAUCCUACAUCAGGCAUGGUAAUGAAAAUUGUCCCUAACAGCAAUAUUAUGGCAUGGAAAAGUCAAGAAGAAAGUCUGACGGUGUAUUACCACGUUGGAGAAAAUAUGCAAAUACUGUGCGAUUCCGCUGAUGAUUGGCGCGAAAUUAUUCAACGAUUGAAGGUUGUUACAAGUGGAUGUGAGGUUAUUGAAUUGCCACUAUCGAGGAAUGCUCAUGGUCAUCUCGGUUUUCAUACUCAAUUUAACGGCAUUAUUACGGACGUUGAUCCACAUAGUAAUGCUGCUGCUGCAGGAUUACGAAAGGGAUGCCGGCUGCUUGAGAUUUGCGGCCGCAGUGUCAUUUCUCUUGACCAUAAUACCAUGACUGACCUAUUGCGGCGUACUAAUCCUGUCAGUGUGGCGGUGUUACCCCCGCUCGACAGCGGACUGCCAAGACGCGGAUGUAGUCGUCCGGCCUGCAUGAAACCACCGGAACAUAUUUUAAGCGCUAACUAUGACAAUCUGUCGGAUCCGCUUACGAUGCCAGAACAGAUGCCGUCACAGGCGACCACAGUACAUCCGGUGGCCAGCCGCUCCACUUCAGGCGUUCUGGAUGGUCAUAUUGCAUUCUAUUUAAAAUCCGAGUCUCCUGUUGUGGCACCAGCCCGUGCUGUCCCGGUUCCGCCUUUUGACUACGACUCAGAAACGCAGCCCAGCCUGGACGACCUGGAAGCGGAAUCGCGCUGGUGGGUUCUGCAAAUGUCGGAAGCGACGGCUCGAUUGGAUGAUAUGUUAACUCAGGCACCACCAGCGGUUGCUCCCGUGUGGGAGCGAGCUUCUUUGCCCCGCGAACCUUUGCGCUCUUACGGCGAACUGUCUAAUAAAGAAUCUUUGGAUUUGCAUCCAGCACGGCCUUUUGAAAGAAAGUUGUCACCUAACACUGGAUUACCGUUGUUUGAUUCCGGCACAGACACGAUGUCCAGUACGACCAGCAAAUCGUCCACACGAUCCCAGAAAGAGAAUAAUGGUGUUGGGCAGUCACUCAGUCCUUCAGCGCGAAGACAGUUUCGCCAUCAUAAAACUGACCCAGGUUUCCGACCACCACCGACAGUACAGUCACCUCCCUCUCGAACAGCGAUCAGAAAUAGUCCCAAUAAAAGCUCUAAGAAAGGGGCUCGACCGGUUGGCAAUUUCCAGGAGGAUCUAUUGCGGCUGAUCAACCCUGAUCUGAUUGACACGGAUCGUAUGACGUUCGGGGAUCCUAUACCGUCGUAUGUUGAUGGAAUUCGUCGAGCGAGUGAUGAAACUUCACAUCGUCGCAGCCAGCCGGUUGAUGACUUACCAUUGCCUACUUCCAAAUCUCUUGAAGCGCUUCCCAUUCCGCUGCAUGCUCAGCCGCUUGACUGGAGGACGCUAGUCAGUACAGCCGAACGAGCUGCGAAAAACGCAAAUGAUGUCCCAUAUCCCCACGUCAGCUCGGAGUCGUCCUCGACGUCUCCGGAUAUGUUGACGUCGGCCCCCAAACCGUCCCCUCCUCCAUUGCGCCCGCGAAGUUCCUCAAGAAGGCACCUUUCACGUCCUGUCAGUGGGGAAUUUCAGCCUGAUCGAUUCAUGUCGGAUGCGAGAAUUCGAGAGCUGGAAAGCACCGUUACCAAAUUAAUACAAGAUCUCAAUAAGGAAAGAGAGGAUAGGUUAGCCCUGGAAAAUCAAGUUCGUCAGCUUAAAUUCGACAGUCAGCGAAUGCAGGACGAGGGUCCCACCAGUACCAAAGUUGCGACAGCGUCGUAUAAUCCAAACCUAGCACCUGUGUAUAGUGGGUCUCCCUACGGGAGCCAUGCCUUUUCCACGCUGCCCAGAGAUCUUCCCGGGAUUGAUUCCAUCCCGUUUUAAGUUAAGAAAUGUUUUAUUGUACAGUAUUCUAUUGUUCCAAUAUUUUUUGCUCCACUGCCGCGUGUGUACGCAUUGCCGUGGAUCUGUGUGUUACAAACGUUUGAUGUUUUCAGUGUUCAUCUUGUACAUUUGUUUUUUAAAGUUUUCCUUUGUUAGCCAGAAAGAUUUCUACUUGUAGUUCUUUUAAGGAGAUGGUGGUACUGGCAGCGGUACAUUGAAUGUCUUCCAAAUUGAGUGCUCACUCUUAGUAUGGCAUC